AUGGACAAGAACGCAGUGGCAGCUGGUGAUGACAUGGAUGCUGGCUUGUUGGAGAGGAGGCUGCGGGAAACCGCGGAUCAUGUGCGCUCGCGCAUCGGGCGCAUGUCCAUCCCGCAGACGAGCCACUUGGACUGUCAUGCCUUGCUUGCAGAGGCACACAUGCAGUACACGCGCAGCCACCAAACAACCCCACAGUAUGCUGUCACCAGUGACCUGCUCUCAAGGCUCAACAAGUUUGCCCUGGAAGCCGCAAACAGCAACAGCGCCCGCGAUGACCCACAGCAGCUCGCAUCUGCAGUCUCUGGCAUCCUCACAUCGAAAAGGUUCCAGGCCUUCAAGAUGGCGUACCUGCGAAACCUGAAGCUCGCCUCGGAGACCCUGGUUGCAUCUGCGGAGGAACAAGUUGCGAAUGGGGCGGGCAUGGAGGGACUGCCACCAGAACCCAUGUCGCAACUCGACGCCUUUAUCCACCAAAUGGAGAUGGACUCGUCUGGGUGGGGCCUGCUGCCACGGCCACGGGAGCUGCGUCGAAUCAUUAUAGCCGUCACAUCGCCGCAGCUGUCGAUGGAGGAGCGAGCAGCGGCACUGCACCACCUCUGGUCGUCCAGCUUUGAGGAGAUCACGGCGCUCGCAGAGUGGCCCGUCAUGCAGCAGUCCAUAGUGGCGAUGCUGGCAUCGUCGAGUGCGGCGGCAGCGGCAACAGCACGGCAGUUUGUUGUCCACGCCGUGACCCCGUCCAACGUGCUCAGUUACACCGAGGCCUUCACCAUCUACGCGCGCACCAUCGCAACGUGCCGGGAGCAGGGCCAGCACCGGCACCAGCAGCAGUUUGAGGACGCGCACGUCAUGCUCCAGAUUCUCUCCACCCUGCCAAGGGUGUGGCUGCGGUACUCACAGGCAACAGUGAACGACUUGGCAGAUCAGCUCACGCCGCUGCUGGCAAUCGAUGAGGGAAACAUGCACGCCUCGUUUCUAGGCAUCUUGGCGCACUUUGACCCCCACGCCCGCUGGUUUGUUAGGUGGACGAGCACGACCAUUGGACGAACGGCGUUUGUGUCCGCAUUUCGCCAUCAUCCGCACGUGCUGCAGUCCAUGAUUGCAUCACUGCAUGUGCUCGUCUACAGACCGCACAGCCACCGCCACCCGCACCUCCUCCUCGCUCUCAUAGGUGUCAUCAGCCAGCUGUGUCUCUCAAAGCCGGGGCGCGCUCUGUUUCCGAUUGUCGCAAGACACCCCCGCACCAUCAAUGACAAUGAUGCUAGCAAAGGUGGCGGUGGUGGUGGCAAAUUUGAUGAUGGUGAUGACGGCAGCACACAUCACUGGUCUCCGUUCAAGUUGUCAGAUGCGCUUGAGCUGUUGGCGCGAGUCACUGCUGCAAACCCAAUGCAGAUGCCAGCAGUCAAGGCAGCAAACAGCACACCAACAUCAACCAAACCCACCACGAAUCCAUCAGUACCACCACCACCACCACCAUCAUCAUCGCCAUCAUCAUCAUCAUCAUCGUCAUCACCAUCGUCAUCAUCAACACCAACAACUUCUUCGCCAGCAGGGUGUGCGCGCGCAUGGCGGCUGAUGUCUCGUCGCGCCCACGCAACACUGGCAACACUCGCGUCUGCGCACCUCGACACACAGCUGUGUUUGUUGUCGUCAAAUGCACUGCGCAUUGUUGUACAGCCCAUCGUCGCGUGUGCACGUGCUGGUGCUGUUGACGGUGAGAGCGCUGGCGUUGUUGUUGGUGCGUUGGAUGUGGUUGCCAAGUGCUGCAUGACAGAGCAAGGGCGAGCAUACAUGCUCGCCCUGUCACUGGACACCGAUACUGCAACAGCAACACACGAGACACCAUCGUCAACAACAGCAGCAGUGCAGUCACACAAUCACGCGACCACCGCGACCACCGCGACCACCGCGACGUUGACGUUGGUGCUGGCAGCACUCGCGCGAUCGUUCGUGGCGAGCUUGCACCACCAGCAGGAACCAUGGUUCACGCGUGGAUUGGAGCUGGCUUUGCUUGCGCUUCGUCGACUCACUGCAUUCCAGCAACACGACGUGUGGGGGCGUGUUAGCUGGCACAUGCUUGCAUCACUCAACGCGUGCGGGUCGACGGUGUCAGACAUCAUUUUGGAUGCCAUUCUCAACUACGCUCUCACACCCGUUGGCGCGCAAGCCCUGAUGCAAUGCAAGCACGUGAGCACAUGUUUGCAACGUCUGCUGGUGAAAUUCUCCAGCAACAAACAGUUGAGUACGCUGGAGCGAUUUGGGUAUGGCAGCGUGUUGGUUGAGAUUUCAACAUCAGCGCACGGAUUUCAGCUCAUCCAGUCUGCCGGAUUUGUGGACCGCCUCGUCACGGAUUUCGCGUCCAACUGCGACUCGUCCAGCGAUAUUCCGCUUCCUCCGUUCUCCCCGGACAAUACCCACGCCCGUGACAAGGCCGUUGCUUAUGUUAUCAAGGUGUUGACAAUGCCUGCCGCCGUGCGACAGCAGCUUGCCUGCAAACAACGCUGGCUCAUGGAACUGAUCACCAGUCCAGACCUCUGCUUGUCCCUCACGGGCUCGCAACACCAGGCGGAGUUAGAUUCGCUUCGAAUCAUUGCCGCCAUGCUGUCCAGUCUCUCUGUUCGCGUGCUGCUGACACACACGCACGCCAUCCUCACACGCGUACAAGAGCAUCAACAGCGCGACACAUCACCCCAUGGUGUCGUGUACUCUCCUCGCUCUCUCCUCCGCAAUCGCAUCCUGGUCUGGUGCCUGUGCGUGGGAGGACCAACGGAAAAAACAGUACCACCAUCACAGCUCCCCGCAAUCACAACAGCAGCAGCGCCAACAUCACCAUCACCACCAUCAUCACCACUACCCCCGGCAUCGUUGUUGUCGUCGUCCACGCUUCCCGAGUUGUUCGUUGACGGCAUCCCAUCGUGCUAUCUCUCCAAUCCAAUCGACCGCACACCCGUCUCCACGCCACCAGCGUUCGACGCCAUGCUUGCACAUGUGCGCAGCAGCACGGCAACACUGGGUGCGUUGCAGUCGUGCAUGUGGCAGCUGCUGCAGGAGUGCCGGUGUGGGGGCGGGCGGUGGAUUGCACAGAGACGUGAGGACGUGUCGCAUGUGCUGGAGCACGCAGUCGGCCUGAUCUGCUCCACGCACAACGAUGAUCGUGGCGGUGAUCGUGAGUGUGAUGACGGAGGUGGUGCUAAUGGUGAGGGAAACACGUCGACACAACAGCAGCAGAAGCAACAUCAACAGCAAAAUCAACACCAGCGAAAGCAGCCCGUUUGUCCAUGCACGUGUGCAAGUGCUGGUGAUGGUGGUGGUGGAGAGGAUGCGUGGGUGACGCUGAGCAUUGACUAUGGCAGACGGUGUGGAAUGGUGCCGGAUGACGAGGUGGAUGCGUACACAACUGCAUUGCUUGCAAGCAAGCACAUGCGCACAUGUGCACAGCACAGCCCGCACACGGACGCCAAGGCGUGCACAGAUGACGAAGCACUGCGCCAGCUGCGCAACCGAUACGAGACGGACGUGUGCAGCGACUGGUUUGUGUCCACGAUCAUGCUGCUCAGUGGGCCAGGAACAGGACCGCACCUGCUGCAACAGCUGUCACGUGCUCCGUGCUCACGUUACCUUUGGUUCCAUCCACAGUCCACCACGGCAUACAGCACUGCGCUGUCACAGCACAUCCAGCACGCGUGUGAGGUGUUUACACCGCAGGUUCACACCGCUCUUCGCUUGGCAGGGUUGAGUACGUCCCACGUGUGUUCGCUCUGGCUCGAGCAAGUUUUCUGGAAUUAUCUUGACUGGCAGGAGGUCGUGCUGUAUGUGCUUGCAAGCAUUGUGAUUGGCCCUUCGUUUGCCCUUGCCACGUGCGUGGCUGCACUCAAACACUUACAGGACAGCAUUCUUGUCCAGCCGCCAACGUAUCUCGAUGACAUGCUUCGGUUGAGUCAACUGGGUGGCUUCUCCUUCGCCGCCGCCACUCCGCUCAUCAAAUCGCUCCACGACACAUACGCAGCUGCGCUCAACUAACCAUCAUCAUCACCAUCAUCAUCAUCAUCAUCAUCAUCAUCAUCGCCAUCAUCACCACUCCUGCUGUCGUCGUCGCCAUAUCCACCGUUGUUGCUGUGCCCGCGCAUGUGCGCGCGUGCUUGCAUGCAAUAUGCAGUUACGAGAGGUGUCGCCUCAGAAUGUCGCCAGCCUUGUUCCACGCCUGCCGUGGUGGCGAUGACGGCAAUGCGAGGGGGAACAAGUCAUCGUACCAGUGCAUGCAAGUGUAUGAGCGUCGUGAUAACCAACUAUGUGCAAGAGUACAUGACGUCCGCUGGCGGGCAAUACACAAUCCAAAGUCCGGA